CGAGCGUCGCGAGAGACCAUCUACGACGCGGAGUUAUUUAGUUCGAGAAAUAGAGAUAUUUUUGAAAACGUCCAGCAAACAAAGAAUUUAUUAGUCUAUUUUAAAUAAAUAAUGUGUCUAUUUGGAAUAUUUAGUCAAUAAAUUAUAUACAUUCAGAUGGAUUAUAUCUUAAGUCUUUAUGGCUGCGUGUUCCUUGUGGGUGUCUUGGGCAACGGCAGCCUCGGCCUGGCCCUAUGCAGCGGCCCAGGCGCAAAAAACCGCAGCCCCCUGUUAUUGGGCAUGGUGGCCGCCGAUUUUUUCGUCUGCUGCAUCGCUGGCCCAGUCACAGCUGCAACAUAUGCAGUAUCAUCGUGGUCCAAUGUUUGGUGGAGGAUAGCACAAUUUCUACAGGCCUGGCCUGUAUCAGCAAGUACAUUGUCCAUGAUGGCAAUCUCAAUGGAUCGCUACCUCACCGUGAAGAACUACCGCCCUGCAACACAGGUAGUGCGUCGGCGACCUUUACUCUUGAGUGUGGUGGCUGCCACGUGGUUAUCCGCCGCCGCCUUCUCGGGAUUACAGUUUGUUCAACGUGAUAAUACACUGCGACGGACGUUUCUUGUGAUGCGGGUGGUGUGCGUGCAUGUGGUACCAGCUUGCGCGGUGUUGGCUUCGCAUCUUGGGGUUCAUGCCAAGUUGACGGCGCUGUCGUUGACUGCAAGGGCGAAACAUGGUGAAUUACCGCUGCCUAUGCCGUUGCUAAGACGUCCGACGCAUGUUAUCAUCGUUGCGGGUAUUCCUAAUCGUAUGGAAGCGGAGACUGUUUUGAUGCAGGAGCGUAGAGGGACCAAUGGGGUGAGGAAAAAUGGUAGGAAUGGGACCACUAAUGCUGGGGGCGGUGAUGAGGUGGAUGAUGUUACUCAGCCGCCGACGAGUACGCUUAGAAGUCGACGGAGAUUGGCUAAUUCAUUGUUAUGGGUGGCGUUCGUGUUUGCAGCUUGUUGGUUACCACACGUCGUCUGCCUAAUCUACGCCGAAGCAAAAGGUGAGCCGCCCCCAAUCCUGGUAGCCCGUGCCUGUCUCCUGGUAGGCCACAUGCACUCCGCCGUCAGUCCACUACUCUACUGGUCACUGAAUCAUCAAUGGCUGCAGCGGCCAUGUCGUUUCCGGUUGCCAGCACUAUAUCGCAGCGCGUCCUCCACCAACGAGGCGGCUCUUGGUCCUUUCAACCCACGCCUCGUGCGUCCGCCGCCCGUCCGCCGGCGGUCUUCGCACUAUCUCUACUGAUCUGUGAUUAUCGUCUUAGCAUAGACACUGUGCGCGCCAUACUCAGGGCACAACACAACAUAACCAAACUACGCAACUAUCAAAAAAAUAACUACGGCAAAACUACAACGUACGGGUGUUAGGUAUAAAUUAAAUGUGCGACGUUGAACUGAACAUAAAAAAGAAUUAAAAUGAUAUCAAUGUCCCCGACGCGUUGCCGCCCUCGGAUUUGCAUAAUUUACGUGAGGAGAUAAAAAAAAUGCUCGGACAGAAAGGACCACAGUGCGCGACGGUUUUUUUUUCUCGUUAGGAAAAUGUGUUUUUGUCGGCAGUCGGGAUACGUUCCUUUUUUGUGGAGUUUGGAUAAAAAUCUAAUCUAAACAUCAGAAACCACCAAAAACACCUUUUAGCUCUGUUAAUUUGUCUAAAAAUCAGUGUUAAACAACGUACAUCAACAAAAA